GGCAUAAAUUUUCUCUUACUUAGUUAUCAGUUACGAUUUACGAAUAUCUUUUUAUGUUUUUAUUUCUUUAUAAAGCUUGUUGACAGCAGAUUUAUCCUGAGCAAAACAUCUCCUGGCUACCGAUUUCUGGUUUGAAGCCCCCUUUCCUGCUUCAACGAGCUGAGUUUUGUUUUUAGGAUAUCAUCUUGCUUUGAUUUGCUCGGGUGCCUUUUCAUCACUUGUAGUAUAGUUGAAUUCCAUGCUGUUGUUAAUUCCCAACCUAUCUUGAGUGCACCCCAGGUGUUUGAUCAAAUGCGCAGCUGAUCACCUCAAGAAAAUGGCUGCUCUACCAUUUGCUCCACCCGUUUCUCCUCUAUGGCAGCUCGAUACACCUUCUUCUGUUUCCCUUGGAUCCCAUUUUCUGCCUAAACUUGGACUUAGUGUGAGAAGGAAGAAGAGAUGCAUCAAAAACCCUGUUGUUGCCACCACAUGCUCUGCAUCUCCACACAAAAUAAUCCGUGAUCCCAGGUUAGACAAGCAUGUGGUGAAGCAGAACAAGCUGCGGUUUGUUCAAAAGCUCAAGACUCUUCUUCUUUCCAAGCCCAAGCACUUCAUGCCUAUUCAAGUUCUCUACAAAUGCCGAGCAUACUUGUCUCUACCCACCCCCCGCUCCGUCCUAGCCAUGAUCGGCCGUUAUCCCACUAUCUUCGAGCUCUUCUCUAUCCCUACUCCUGCUACUCCGUUCCACGCUGCCGGCCCUCUCUCUCAGCUUUGUGUCCGUCUCACCCCGCCUGCUGCAGCUCUUGCCAAAAAGGAGUCUGCUCUUAAGAAAUCCAUGGCUAUUUCUCUGGCAGCUAAACUCCAAAAGCUGUUAAUGCUCGCCUCCCCGUAUCACAGGCUAUUGUUAAAAAAGCUCGUGCAUUUAGCUCCCGACUUAGGCCUUCCUGUCAACUUCCGUUCCCGCCUCUGCAAUGACUAUCCGGAAAAGUUUAAAGUUGUGGAAACUUCUUAUGGGCGCGCUCUUGAGCUUGUCUCGUGGGACAACAGUUUGGCCAAGGCUUUGCCAUGGCGUGAUGUGGACGAGUCUCUGGGGCUGAUAGUUGACAGGCCGUUGAAAUUCAAACACCUGAGACUACGGAAAGGGCUGAAUAUUAAGAGGUGGCAUCAUGAGUAUCUGAUAAAGUUUAAGGAAUUCCCGGAUGUGUGCCCCUACACUAGUAAUCCGGAAGAGUUGGUGAAAGAGUCGAUGAGGGCGGAGAAGAGAGCUUGUGGCGUGGUGAGGGAGGUGUUGGGGAUGACUGUGGAGAAGAGGACAUUGGUGGACCAUUUGACACAUUUUAGGAAGGAGUUUGGGUUGUCGAACAAGCUGAGAGGAAUGUUGGUGAGGCACCCAGAGUUGUUUUACAUAAGCUUGAAGGGGCAGAGAGACUCUGUGUUUUUGGUGGAGGGGUAUAGCGAUAAGGGGAGACUGCUGGAGAAGGAUGACACAAUGGUUAUAAAGGAUGAGAUGAUGAAACUGGUGUUACAAGGAAAGAGGUUACGGAGGGAGGGGAGGAAGGAGCUCACGAGCAGCAACUUUGACACCCAAACUUUGGAUAAUCAAGUGUAUGAUGACGAAGAUGAUGAUGAGUAUUAUGAUGGAUUAGAUGAUCUGUUCCAGGUAGAAGAUGAUUUUAGUUCUGAUGAUGAUGAUGACGAUGACGAUGAAAGUAAAGGGCAUCAAGAGGAAGGGGAGUUUUGGAGGGCUGAGGGAACUCCAUUGCUACAAAACCAUAAUGAUUGUGGCUCAGAUCCCUGGUAGUGUCAAUAAAACUUGUAAGUUUUUCUGGUUAUGUGUUGGCUCAUUGUGAUAUUUAAAAUACCUUUCUACAUUUAUAUAGAGUAAGUUGAAAAGAA